CCUAUGUCUUCUUUUAAGUACUGAAACAGGAGGGAAAAAAAGUGCUUUCGGCUGCUGUUAUGUAAUAUGGUCUUGGAUUGUCUAAAAUUCCUCCUUUUGUAUGUAUAUUGAGAUAACUGGAAUUAAUUCUCUAUUAUAAAGCACACUUAUUUUUUUGUAUCUGUUGAUUAAAGUAGAUAAUGCAAGCAGCCCCUUUGAAAAAUUGGAAUUGGUACAAUCAUCUAUUUGAUACUUGUUGAAUACUUUUAGUUUGGGAUAAGUUAAAUUAAAAGGGGAAAGAUAGAAGAAUUUGGAAUCCCACAUAAACCAAAUGGCUUAUAGAAAUGACCAAAAUCUUAAUAUCCCCAGCUCCACCAUGAACCACAAAUAUAAUUGACAGUCUGCAAUGACAAGCUGAUGUGUCACAAUCUGAGUGGCUAUUAAUCCCUAUUUGUAUCUUCCUCAAUUCUCUCUCUUCAAACCAUCUAUCAAUCAUUCCAAGAUUUCUAAACCUGGUUUGCAGCAUGAAAGCCAUUAACUUCCCAAAACCCAGCAACAAUACACUCAACUUAACUACUCCAAUUUCCUCUAAAAAUCCCACCUUUAUCACUUCAUAUUAUCCCCAUUUUUCUAAAUCCUUGAUAUACCCUUCACUCUUACUUCCUCUCUGCUCCAAAAAUCCCAACAUAAUUGGUGAAAAUCCAAGUCCCAAUUCUAAUUCCAAUGUAGAAUUUGGUUCUAACACAAAUGAGAUUGACCCGGAAAAAACCCCACCCAAACCCAUUUCUAGUUCAAGUAUUAACCCUUCAACAUCAUCAUCUAGGGGCUUAAUCUUUGAUCUUGGUCAAACUGGAUGUUGGGAUAGUGCUGAGGUUGGUUCCCCCGUUGUGAAAAGAUUUUUGAGUGAUGAUGAAGAGAGGUGGUAUAUGUGGUACUAUGGUAAGUCAGAUAACGAGUCGGGUUCGGGUUCAAUUGGGUUGGCGGUUUCGAGCAAUGGGGUGCAUUGGGAAAGGGGAGAUCAGGCUAUGGAUUCGAGUUCCGGAACUGGGAUGGUGAUGACUUGUGGUGAAGAUUGGUGGGCAUUUGAUACAAAAAGUGUUAGGCCUUGUGAGGUUAUGAUCAUGUCUAGUAAUAAAGUUAGAGCUUCAAUGGCUGUUUACUGGCUUUACUACUCUGGUUUGUGUUCUGAGGAGGUGGAGUUCCCACAAGAUUACAGUCUCCAAAUUACUGAAGCUGCAAAAGGGGUUGGGUUUGGGUUCGAGUUUGGGUUUGGGAGAGUUUUUAAGUCAUUGCCAGGGUUAGCCAUAAGCCAAGAUGGAAGACAUUGGGCUAGAAUUGAAGGUGAUCAUCACAGUGGAGCAUUAUUUGAUGUGGGAGCAAAAGGGGAAUGGGAUUCUUUGUUCAUUGCUUCCCCACAUGUUGUUUUCCAUAGUAGUGGAGAUUUGAGAAUGUACUAUCAUUCCUUUGAUGCUCGAGAAAAGAAAUUCGGUAUCGGUAUUGCAAGAUCAAGAGAUGGGAUUAAGUGGGUGAAGCUAGGCAAGAUUAAGAGUAUAGGACUAGGGGGAAGUAGUGAGGGGUGUUUUGAUGAAAUGGGGGUUGUGAAUGCUAGUGUGGUAAGAAAUAACAAAGUAGGGAAUUAUUUGAUGGCAUAUGAAGGUGUUGCCAGGGAUGGGAAGAGUAGUAUUGGGCUGGCGGUAUCGAAGGAUGGAUUGACUGAUUGGAGACCGGUGAGCGAAAAGGCGGUUUUGAUGGCGGCUUCGGAGGGUGGAUGGGAUAGCAAUGGAGUUGGAUCUCCAUGUUUGGUUCAAAUGGAUGGAAAUGAUGAUCAAUGGAGGUUGUAUUAUACUGGACUUGGUGUACAAAGUAGGACUGGAAUUGGGUUGGCUGUUUCUCAAGGAAGUGAUUAUACAAGUUUUAAAAGAUGGACAGGGUUUCACUUAUGAUUAAUAAAUAGAAAUAGGGUUAGUGUGAAUUGUGUGAUAGAGAUCCCAAAUCAUAAGCAUUUAGCUGAAUAUUUGAUGUAAAAAAUUCGUGGUCCGUUAUUAAUUUAUGUGCUUUCUGAAUAUUGGUUGUCCUUAAUAUUAUAAUAUCGAGGUUCUUACAUGA